CCACCGCAGCGCCGGGGGGGGGCGGGGGGAGGCAGUGCUCGGGCGGCGCCGCCGGCUGCAGCCCCAGCGCCGUGAGACCCCGGCAGGUGAAGCCCCGGACAGGGAGAGUCCCGCGGGUUUUCUUCACCAGUGGAGCGUGAGAAACCGAGGCUGAAGAAGAUGAGUGAGCUGGAGCAGUUACGGCAGGAGGCAGAGCAGCUGCGAAACCAAAUCAGAGAUGCCAGGAAAGCCUGUAGUGACACAACUCUCGCUCAGAUCACGACAAGUCUGGACUCGGUGGGUCGGAUCCAGAUGCGAACCCGGCGCACGCUCAGAGGUCACUUAGCCAAAAUCUAUGCCAUGCACUGGGGAUCUGACUCCAGGCUACUAGUCAGUGCUUCUCAAGAUGGAAAGUUAAUUAUUUGGGAUAGUUACACAACAAAUAAGAUGCACGCCAUCCCCCUGAGGUCCUCCUGGGUGAUGACCUGUGCCUACGCUCCCUCCGGCAACUACGUGGCCUGCGGAGGCUUGGACAACAUCUGCUCCAUCUACAACCUGAAAACCAGGGAGGGCAACGUCCGAGUGAGCCGGGAGCUGCCGGGGCACACAGGAUACUUGUCCUGUUGUCGCUUCCUAGAUGACAACCAAAUUGUCACUAGCUCAGGAGACACCACUUGUGCUUUGUGGGAUAUUGAAACUGGCCAGCAGACCACCACGUUCACUGGGCACACUGGAGAUGUGAUGAGCCUCUCUCUGAGCCCAGACAUGAGGACUUUUGUCUCGGGCGCCUGCGAUGCCUCCUCGAAGCUUUGGGAUAUCCGCGAUGGGAUGUGCAGGCAGUCGUUCACAGGGCACGUGUCAGACAUCAAUGCCGUUUGUUUUUUCCCCAACGGACACGCGUUCGCCACGGGCUCCGACGACGCCACGUGCCGGCUCUUCGACCUGCGCGCGGACCAGGAGCUGAUGAUGUAUUCCCACGACAACAUCAUCUGUGGCAUCACCUCCGUGGCCUUCUCCAAGAGCGGGCGCCUGCUGCUCGCGGGCUACGACGACUUCAACUGCAACGUGUGGGACACGCUCAAAGGGGAGAGGGCAGGUGUCCUGGCUGGCCAUGACAACCGUGUCAGCUGUUUAGGUGUUACUGAUGACGGCAUGGCUGUAGCUACAGGGUCUUGGGACAGUUUUCUCAGAAUCUGGAAUUAACUGGGAGCCAAACAUGUACAUUCUCCAUUUGAGAUCUGGAGAGAUCAAUGCUGCAGCCUAUAGCUGUGAAAUAACAUUUCUACCUUGUAUUUGCAGGUGAAGUUUUUCUAUUCACUGAUUAUUACACAAAAAGGCUUUCUGUAAACUAGAAAAAAAAAAAAUCAAGUGAAGAAAUAGGGGAGGGGGGAAGAAAUCACUGACUUUUUAAAAGGGGCCAGCACACAUAAUCAUGGUGACCGACAAACUAAGAGCCAGUCUUUUUGUUUUUGGUGGUUUGGUUAGAUUGUCCUUGAAGGGUUUUUGCUUGUGCUCAGUCUGCUAAUCCUGUACUUUUUUUUUUUGUACAUAACAGAAUAUACACGUUAUAGCAGCCAAUCAUGUAACAUUUGUCUGUAUGUAAAGAAAUAUGUUUGCAUUUUUUAAGGAACUACAUUUAUAGCUUUGCUUUUAACCCGAGAUGUCACUUCUGAGUUUUGUAGUGGGUGAACUAGAUUGCUGUUUUAAAUGUUUUUGUGAAUUUACUGUAGAUAAGCCAGUGGUAUGUAUGUGUUUUUUAUAAUGGAAGGCAUUUGAAUUCUUUUUAAAGGCCCUGGAGACUCCCAGUUAAUACCUGUCGCCUUAUUCACUCACUUCUUGACCUGCUUGCCUAUUUUUGAUCGGGGGGUUCUUCCUUCAAGCCAGUGGUUCCUGGUUCAUCCAUUGGCAGUCAUGACCUCCAAACACCAAGGAGUUAACGCCAGGUAGACUUGCAGCAACAGCAGGAAUAAUUGGAAAAUAAGAGAGAUCCAGAUGUUUUAGCUUCCUCCCUGCAGGUUUUUGCAUCAGUUUUUCUGUGCAGUCCGUGGGUGCAGAAGCCAAGUGGCCGAGUGCUGUGGCCAGCUCAGCUCUGGCCAGACUCGUGGGUCUGGCUCCUCACAAGCUCCAGCUGAUCUGCACUCACAGUGACUUGGCUGCUGCUGGGAGCCUGGAGCAGUGUCUGCAGAGCUUGCUUGUUCCACACCAGCUGAGAAAUUCAGGAGGACUUUGCCUAAAUUCCUAAAGAGGAUUUAACUGUGCAGUUAAUUGCUUGUAAUUCCCCUCCAAAUUCAGGGGUUGCCAAAGUACACCACAGCCAAAAGUGCUCGUUAGUUCUGUGCAGUGGGAAUUACCAAAGGAAUUGUGUAACUUAGCUGCACCUGUGUGACCCCUGGAACCUUCCCAGGAUAACCCUGAGGAUCUGUGCUUGUUCUGUGUGGUCACUGAGGGCUGUGCCAUGGGGGUUUUGAGAUGCCAGAUGUUCUGCAGCUCCAUCACUGUAAAUAGCCAUUUCUGCUCCUUUCCUGAUUCUGAUUUUGAUGUCAGUUGCUUUGAAAUACAGUUCAGAGACAGGAAAAAUCAUGUGACUGAUGCCCAUUUGAAAGUGCCCAGGGAGGUUGCUUAACUUUUUGGUGCCUGGCAGCAUGUCUGCACUCACCGUGGAUGUUCCCUUGGGAAUCUGAACAUCUGUGGCUAUUUUGGAAUGGGGGAUUAAGUCUAUUGGCUUCUCUUAAGUGACUUAUGUUAAAGAAAACGUGAAUUUUAAACCACCAGGUUGGAAGAUGAUGUUAGUCAUCAUUCACUGGAACUGAUGGGGAGUCUGGGUGUCUCUGGGUCAGGAAGGAAAGAGAAGGGCCCAGAAUCCUGUAGUAUAUCCAAAUGGAUUUCUGGCUGAGAUGACUUUUGUCAAGUUUCUGACAUUUUUUAAUCUGAAAUUUCAGUACUUCCAGACUGUGCCUGUAAAACUCGCCAUGUCUAUAAAUGGUGAAGGUGCCAAUAAAUGUACCAGUCAAUCACGGUAAAUUCACUUUUAAAAUAAGAUAAAAGGCGCUUCUUAUACUGGAGAAGGAACAUUUCCUAACAGCAGCCUGUGGUGUAGGACCAAAAUCCCACUGUAUUGUGUUUCACAGGAAUUCCUGAGUGUUUUGCUUUGUGAUCUGUCUGCAUUUAUAGAACUACUAUGGAAUUCCUGUAACUCUCUUAAGUGAGCAGCUCUUUGGGAUCUUGCAGACUCGGUUUAUUUUUUAGUGGUGCACUUGAUUAUUUUUUUUUUUUUUAACUCACAGCUGCCUUGAGUGAAUCAUUCUGGAAAUUUGUUACUAAGGAAUUUUAAGAAAAUAUUCUUUUUCUAAAAAAAUUCUUUUCCAUAGAAGCGUGUUUUGAACCAAUUUCCUAGUCAACACCUUUGCCGAGACAGGUGCCAUUUUUACAUUCUGGUAUUAAAACUGGUUUCUACUUGUGAAACUCCAAUUAUAUACAGCUGUAUAUAACUUUUCUGACCAGUUCAGGUAGCCUGUAACAGUGGUAAUGGCUCUUGUACAGGUAUUACUGCCAAUAACUUCACUGUCACUGUUGGACGGCUGUUGUCUCUUGGAUUCAGCUGCUUUUAAAAUUAAUUCUUAAGGAACACCAACUACUUGCUGAGGCGUCCAACGGCACCAGAGAGCUCUGCCUGCCUCUGCCCCUCACUCAGCCCAGGUCUGGGGGGCUCUGGUGUCAGCACACGAGGCCUGGGAGAAGCCUGAGCACGGCGGGGAAUCGGCGUCUCCGGAGCCUGCAGGAAGCCUGCGCUAGAUCCUGCCCAGGUGACCUUUGCUGUUCCUUACUGCCCUGCAGAUUCCGGGAGCACAGGAGCUGUGCGAUGCCACGGGACGCCUCAGGCUGUGGCACUCCCUCCUUCAAACAGCAGCAGGGACCUCUGGAGGUUGAUGCCCCAGCUAAGGUGGAGGUGGCUUUUGCCCUAAAAGCUCCAACUCCUCCUAAAAGAAGGAAGGUAAUAAUGUGACCCUUGGUAGGUUUUACUUAAAAGGUUUUACCCCCGUUUUGAAUUUCAGAGACACUGGUGAGUGCCUGCAGCUGCUGUGGGUCCAGGUGUGCAGCUGCUGUGACUGCUGACUGCACCACGACAGCAAACUUGCUCGCAGCAGGUCUUGCAGCAUGGGUGGGCACAUCUUCUCCGGCUUUAAAAGCUGGUAGCAGACUCCAUCCUUAGCUGAAUUUCAAGUAAAUUGUGUCAUUACAGAACUGGAGUAACCAAGAGCAUUGUGCCAAACAGUGGCAGAGUAACUCCUGCCCAGCCUCUCUUCUAAAGGCAGUCUGUUACGGCUCGGGAAGCAGAACCAUGUGCUUGGUGUAACAAGAUUUAUUUUAUUCUGCUAGAGUUUGUCAGCGUUUCCUAAUGUGAUUUAACUUUGCAAGAGAGAGUUCUCCCUUCAGGCAAGUGCCCAGGCUGGGCUCGUUCCCAUGUAGCCUUGGAUGGCUGUUUAUUGGUGGAGAAAGCGGUUUGAGAUUCUGGAAACCACAGAAGGCUGCUGCGGCUUCGUGCUGAUGUUUGCUCAUGUGCUGCAGUAAGGUGGCCUGGUUCCAUCUGCCUGCAGCCCUUCCCCUCCAACCACUGCUGUCCUCUGCUGUGUGAACUGCAGAUCCUUGGCAGUGCUGGCGGAGCCCAGAGCCCAGUCUGUGACAGGAUUUGCACCAUUCCAAAGGGAACGUGCAGCAAGAGGAUUUUCCUGCCGCAGGACCGGGCCUGGCAGAGCCCAGAGCUCAGUCUAUGACAGGGUUUGCACCAUUCCAAAGGGAUCGUGCAUUAAGAGGAUUUUCCUGCCCCAGGACAGGGCCUGGCCUUGGCAAAGCUGAGCUGGAGCAGCAGCAGGUCCCGGUGUGUCCUUGCUGUGUAAGACAUGGGGUGGAAGGAGUUGACUCCUUCCUUCAGUUGUGUAACCGCUCGUCCCGCGAUGAAGUUCACAUUAAUUACUUUAAGGUGGAAUGAAAACAUUGUGAAAACAUUCCAAGAGUUGUAGUCUGUCCUCUCUGGGGACACCGUCACCUCCACUAGGUUUAGUGCUGUGCUUUAAGAUGUUGGUGAGAGUUUUGGCUAAUUGGACUAGUUGGUAUCAAUGGUUGUGUAGCAGAAUGGCUGGUUUUGAGAUAGCAUUUCCUGUCCAAGUACUUAGCAUGGGUUGAUGGUGCACUGUGUAUCCAGUACUCUGGCAUGCAUGCUGGUCACACUCCUCCUACACUUCAGAGGCACCAGAGCCUUUUAUCCAAUUGCUGGUUAUGUAAAAUACAUGCAGAAUGUUAAUGCAGUGUUGUUAUGGUAAAUGUGUGAACAGUGUUACUAAUUGAUAUAACUGAUAACAGAUUACAUGUGCCUGACAUUCUUAUACCACACAGUAUGUUUAGGUUUUAACUAAUAUGGACUUCGGUGGAAUAGUCUUAGGUAUUUCAAGCCUUUGUUUUACUUACACAAUGGUGCUCUCUUUGUGUUUUUCUUUUUUUUUUUUUUUUUUUAAAUAAAAGCAUCUGAACACUCGUAGUACAUAUUACAUCCAAAGGAGUCCAAAGCAAAGUGCUUCUAAACAUGCUUAAUUUUACUUUGCCUUUAGUUCCCGGCAUCUCUCAUCAGCUUUUCUUGUUUUGUUUUUACUUGUUGCUGACUACUUUGGAAAACUUUGGUAAUGUUACCAAUUAUGAAGUGAAUCUGCACUGCCUUUGGAUUGUGUAUGUAUUCAGAAACAGUCUUAAAGCUUUUAUUUAAGCUAUUAAAAAACCAGGGACUUGUGCCAUUUGUUCUCUACCAGUGCUGUUGUAAAAAGACUUCCCUGUGACAAAAAAAUCACUUGCUAUGAACUUUGUUUAUAGCUUUUUUUUUUUUUCCACGAUGGAUCUUUUUCUUUGUAUUUGUACAGUGGCUCAGUGAAAGAUGUUGCCAUGAGUUGAUAUUGUAACCAAUAAACAAGUGCUUUUAACCA